AUGAAUGCUGCAAAUCAAACCACAGUGACAGAGUUUAUUUUCCUGGGUUUUUCUGGUUGUCUGUAUCUUCGGCUUACAUUAUUUGUAAUGUUUCUCACUGUAUAUCUUCUUUCCCUUAUGGGAAAUUCUCUCAUCAUUUUCAUGGUUUUGAUGAAUUCCACACUCCAAACACCCAUGUACAUUUUCUUAGGAAAUCUGUCCUUCUUAGAGAUCUGGUACACCACAGCCACAGUGCCUAAAUUGCUGGCUACCUGUCUCUCACAUGUUGUUAUGAUCUCUGUUUCUGGUUGUAUAACUCAGUACUACUUUUUUUUCUCCAUGGGGGCUACAGAAUGCAUUCUCUUGGCUGUGAUGGCCUAUGACCGAUACCUGGCCAUAUGCAGCCCUCUCAGAUACUCAUUCCUCAUGAAUUUUCAGGUGUGUCUGCGGUUUUCAGCUGGAUCUUGGGUUGGGGGUUUCAUUGCCCCCCUCCUACCUACUAUACUCAUCUCUUAUUUAAAUUUUUGUGGACCCCAGAAGAUCAAUCAUUUCUUUUGUGACUCAGACCCAAUUUUUAAACUCUCCUGCUCAGAUACAUUCUUGGUGGAAGCCUUGGGCUACACAUGUAGCUCUAUUGUGAUUCUAAGUUCUUUUCUCCUCACUAUGUCUUCCUAUGGACACAUUGUGGUCACAAUAAUCAGGUUGUCUUCCAGGGAGGCUCGGAAGAAAACUUUCUCCACUUGUGCCUCCCACCUCACUGUGGUCACCAUCUAUUAUGGCACCAUCAUCUUUGCCUAUGUUCGUCCCCCAGCCAAGUACAAUUUUACCAUUGGUAAAGUGAUCUCAGUGUUCUACUGUGUGGUCACUCCAUUGAUAAAUCCACUUGUAUAUACCCUACGAAACAAAGAUGUGAAGAAAGCUCUCAGAAAAAUUCUAGCACAAAAGAGACUUCUCUUGUCCAGAAAAAUGUAG